AUGCAUACCUGGACUCGAUGUAUCUGCUCUAUUGCAGAGGCGGGUGCUGAUGUUAACUUGCCAAAUGCCGUUGGCAAGACCCCCUUGAUCACAGCCGCAACCGAGGGAGACGCUCGUAUUGUAAAGUUGCUGUUAGAUAAUGGCGCAGAUCCUAUGAUCACCGACAAGAUGGGCCGCACUCCCGCGGAGAUGGCCAAGAAGUAUGCUCACACUGAGGUGCUCGAGUUGUUUCCCGAAGAAGCCCGGCCAGCGCUCACACUGGAAGAGAUCAUGGCGAACUUCAACAAAGCCGCCUUAUCAGCGACUAGCACACCACCACCCACACAAACCCCCCCACCCGAAGCAAGCCCAGAAGACAUCCCACAAGACCCGUCAAGUGAUCCACAGCGUGACACAACAGUGCAAGAGGCUGAGGGAAGCCAUGGCACUACACAGCCGACUGCUGAGAACAGCGGUGGGGAGAGUACAGGGUGUGCAGCUACGGAUAUAGAUCCCACUGCGCAGGACAAAGGCCAGCUGCCUGGGGCUGAGGCUCCGCCGCCCACACCCGCACAAGUACAUAGCGGUAGUGAGCGAGAUACGCCUGUGUCCACAGUGACAGUUGAAGCCGCAGAUGAGCCUACCGAUGCGAACCAAGUGCAGGCGCAAGCUGAAGCAAGCGGGAGUACAGUAGACACAGCCGGAGUGGACUCUACCGACACACAUAUUGCCCGGGCGGAUAGUAGGGCUUCUGUUGGUGGUUUGAGUACCACAUCAUCGGUGGACGAGAUCAUGCGCGCGCUGGAUGCUCGAGCGGCAGAGAUCAGCAAUGAGCGCAAGAAAUCUGAGCGCGAUAUCGGCGGCAAUGACGCCAAAUGCUACGACUGUGUGGCGCUGGAGAUACUGCGCGACGACUACAAGGCGCUGGUGUUGGACAAUGAACAACUCACCCGAGAGAACGAGCGUAUGAAGCAACAGAUGGAAGCCUUAGUCACCGCCAACAAGCAACUGGAACAGGACAUGGCGGCGAUGAAGAAGGAUGCGUGUGACAGGGAGAGGGCGCCAGAGGCAGCACCGACCACAUCGAACGACGCAGAAACUGUAGACCAAACGGAACCCCCCAAGGGCAAAGGAAAGGUUGCUGGUGACAAGGAAGGAAGCAGUUGUGGGAGUGAUGGCAGUGAUAGUGAUUACAGUAGCAGCAGUGAUAAGGGCAAGGGCAGUAGUAACAAUGACCAGCAGAUGGGAGAUAGCGAAGCCCGGUCCGACGAUGCAGAGGAGGGACAAUUGACAGUAGAAGAGAGUGCCGGUCCCACCCAACAGCAUACACGCAGAGUGUCUAAAUCCAAACCCUCGGCCUUCGUAGUCACUACCAUGCAUCAGGAGCGACUGCGUACUUCAGAUGGGGCGGUGAGAAAUACCAGGUCCAGCAUGCAGGAUGUCGCCCGAGCGGACGCGCGUGCACACUCACAGUCACAAACUCAGUCACCGAGUACAGUCAGAGGACCACUUCAUGUCAGACGACACUCCAGCACGCAGUUCAACGAAGCUAUGCUGACGCGAGGCCGGCUGAGUAUCUCGGAACCGCCCAAGACCCGAGAUGACUGGGAAAUGGGCAAUAGUUGUUCGCAUCCCGGUUGUACUGAACACUUCAGCUUCAGCACGCGCAGACACCAUUGUCGUAUGUGUGCGAUGAGCAUGUGCAUCCAGCACGCGAAUGACUUUGUCAGCUACCAUGGUAUCAGGCGUCGUCAGCGUGUGUGUAAGAAGUGCUACACGAGCUUUGCCCGGCAACGAGCCAGCGCUGCGGACAAGGUCUCGACAGGACCAACACCUUCCUGAGCAUAUAUAGGCGCAUAGUAUCUGUGUACUAUAUUUAGAUCAAAACAAGUUCCGUAAACGUCCGUACAGCACAAUGUAAAAUAAAGAUAAUAAAGAUUGAGACAACAA